GUCGGACUGUCCAUCAGCCGAGUCGCACUACCGCCCCCUUCCGCUAUUAUCGAAUUGGGGGAAAAUGUGAUUUUGCGGCGCUGUGGACGUUCAGUGUCGUUAAACCGAACCGCGGUGUUUGUGUUUUGAUUUUUUUUUUAAAUUUGCCGCCGAUAUGCCUGUUCAUUCACGAGAAAAGAAAGAAAACAAUCACGAAGACAUGGAUGUCGACUACCCGGAGAAUGAAGGCAGUAGUACGGAUGAGGAAGACACGGAGAGCUCCUCUGUGUCAGAGGAUGGGGACAGUUCAGAAAUGGACGACGAAGAUUGUGAAAGGAGAAGAACAGAGUGUUUAGAUGAAAUGUCCAAUUUGGAGAAACAGUUUACAGAUCUAAAAGAACAGUUAUACAGGGAAAGAUUAAGCCAAGUGGAAGCAAAGCUUGAGGAAGUUAUAGCAGGAAAAGCUCCUGAAUAUUUGGAACCUUUAGCAACUUUGCAAGAGAAUAUGCAAAUCCGAACAAAAGUUGCAGGUAUAUAUAGGGAGCUCUGUUUAAAAACUGUAAAGAACCAAUAUGAAUGCGAGGUGCAGGCUGCAUUCCAACACUGGGAGAGUGAGAAGUUACUUCUGUAUGAUACUGUACAGAGUGAACUGGAGGAGAGAAUUCGGCGACUUGAUGAAGAUCGACACAAUAUUGAUAUCACGUCGGAGUUAUGGAAUGAUGAACAACAGUCGAGGAAAAGCAAGAGGAAAGAUCCAUUUAGUCCAGACAAAAAGAAAAAGCCUGUAGUUGUCUCUGGUCCUUAUGUUGUUUACAUGUUACAAGACCUUGAUAUACUUGAAGACUGGACAACAAUUAGGAAGGCAAUGGCGACGCUUGCGCCACACAGAGUAAAGACAGAUGCAUCCACCAAGACAGAAAAACAGCUUCACAGUGCCAGAUCAGAAGAUGGCAGGUUAUUUUAUGAUGGGGAGUGGUACAGCCGUGGACAAACUAUAUGUAUUGACAAGAAAGAUGAAUAUCCAAUAAGUGCCACAAUAACAACCAUCAACAAUGAUGAAGUUUGGUUUAAGAGAACAGACAGCAGCAAGUCAAAACUAUACAUUUCUCAGCUACAGAAAGGAAAAUAUACCAUCAAGCAUAUGUAGCUUCAUAAUUUUUAUGUCAGAUCUUUUUUUAAUGAACUUUUUGUAUCUACGACAAUGAAGAUGCUUUGACAUCUCAACUAUUAAUAACAAUGCAGUUAAUUCAAUUUAUUGAAAUAUUUGGCUAUUAAAUGUGUUUAGUCUUAUAUGGCUUGGAAAUGUUACUUGAAUGGAAAUACUUUAUAUAUUGUCACUUUACUUGUUUACUAUUUUUCAUUGUGCAUUUUCUACUUUACUCAUUAUGACAACUAAGAUUUUUUUUGUUUAUGAACUGUAUGCCAAUGAAGUCGAUUCCUCUCUGUUACUGUUUUCCUCAAAUGGGUGAAUGGAUUUUGUCGAUAUUGUGAUAUUUGUCUCAGGUGCUUGAUUAAAGCCAUGUCUAAUAUAAAUAAACUGCCCAUAUAAUGUACAACCACGUUGACUUCUUAAAUUUAAACCAGCCAACAUUGUGUCUCCUGCACUAUAUUGUGAACUUCGGAAACGCCUUCGCAUCCACACGAAUGCAGUAUUGAAUGCUGCCAGAUAAAAUAUUUGUUACUCUUCUUCAAUGUUUUUGUUUAGUAAUCCGUGCCAUUAUCUUGGUGCCCAUCAUGGUUGUUUCAAUGGAAUGGAACAAAAUAUAUACCUAGUAUAAUUGUGAAAAUACUGUAAUAUUCACAGUGUAGAAUGUUUUUUAAAGUUAAUCAAUUCAUUUUCAGUCUUACUUUAAAUCUUAAGCAUUGCAAAUGUAAAUACAAGUAGGCCAUUGUGCUGUCAUCUAAAAAUGCGGACUAUAAAUUACUGCCUUGAUAAGAAUAUUAAAAUGACAGGGGCUCUUUGCUAAUG